GGGGCCUGGCCCUGCGGCUGGAAGGUGAAGCGUUCAAGGGCUCGGCGCGCAGACGCUGCCCUCUGAACUGGAACGGAAAGCAACUUCCGGCUGUAGUCAUUCUGCCGGGCACCGGCGACCUGUGGCGGGAGGAGAUCGCGGCGGAAAUCUUCAACUAGUUGGCAUUCAUCCCAUCCUUUAUAGUGAUGAUACAGGACAAAGAGGAAUGGAUAAAAACAUUGGUGAGCAACUCAACAGAGCAUAUGAAGCCUUCCGACAAGCGUGCAUGGACCGAGACUCGGCAGUAAGAGAGCUGCAGCAGAAGACUGAGAGCUAUGAACAAAGAAUACGCGAGCAACAAGAACAGCUGUCGUUUCAACAAACUCUUAUUGACAAGCUAAAAUCACAGCUACUUCUGGUGGAUUCCAGUCGAGAUAACAGUUAUGGCUGUGUACCUUUGUUUGAAGACAGUGAAAAAAGGAAGAAUAAUUUGACUCUUGAUGAACCACAUGAUAAAGUGAAACUAGGAACACUGAGAGACAAGCAGUCAAAGGGGAGAAGACAAGUUUCUUCUGGAAAAGAGCCCUCAGCGGACCUCAGCCUCCCUUCACAUCAGCACAGGGAUAAUAUAGAGAAGACUUUCUGGGACCUUAAGGAAGAAUUUCAUAGGAUAUGCUUGCUAGCAAAAGCACAGAAAGACCACUUAAGCAAACUUAAUAUACCAGAUAUUGCAACUGACACACAGUGCUCUGUGCCCAUACAGUGUACUGAUAAAACAGAUAAACAAGAAGCGCUAUUUAAGCCCCAGGCUAAAGAUGGUAUAAACAGAGGUACACCGUGUAUCGCAUCUGUUACACCAAGAGGACUGGGCCAAGAUGAGGAGGACACCUCUUUGGAAUCACUUUCUAAGUUCAAUGUCAAGUUUCCUCCCAUGGACAGUGACUCUGCUUUCUUACAUAGCACUCCAGAGACACCGAGCAUCCUUAUUCCUGACACAUCUGAGGCUGUGUGCCAGGAUACAUUUAAUAUGGAAGGCAGAGACAACCCAGGAAACUUUGGUAAAACAGAAGAAACUUUAUUUGAAAUUCGGGGAAUUGACCUCAUGACUUCAGCUAUACAAAACCUUAAAACAACUGACAAAACAAAACCCUCAAAUCUUAGAGCUCCGUGUUUGCCAGCUGGAGACCAUAAUGUGUUCUAUGUAAAUACAUUCCCACUUCAGGACCCGCCUGAUGCACCUUUUCCCUCACUGGAUUCCCCAGGAAAAGCUGUCCGAGGACCACAGCAGUGAAACAAUGAAACAGUUUCAUUCCUUGUGAGUAGAGUUCCUGUGGAGCUGUGGACUGCACCCGUUCUAAUGCUUGUUACUCUCCUUCCGCUCUCUCCUGCUUGUUCUUUUCCUCGUCAGUCUGUGCGUUCAUGUUUCAGUAGAUGGCACCCUGCAUUGUGCAUUUACUUCCAUACUGCAGCGAGAGACACAGCUGCUGUGUGACUGCAACUUGAUGGAAAAGUAUUCUGCUUAAAAAUGCAAGAGAGUUGGUGUUGAGCUGGCACGGGACAUGGGCGCAAGGCUAGAGCAUUGAUAGCUUGGCAGGAGAGCGAAGAGACUGGUCUGACUUAAAGGCCACAUUACAGUUUUCAUCCGCAAAAGUACUUAUUUAAAGGAGUCUUUUUAAACAUCAUUCUCUUGUACUAAUGAAUCUCAUGGGUACAAAUAGUAAGAAAGGAAGUUUUGGUUACUUACUUUGUUUUUAUUUGAUAUUAAUCAUUACUAACAAAUAUGUAUUUUUCACUUCAGUUCUCACUGUAAAGAUAAAAUAUAUAUCAGCUUAUUUUUGUUCUUCAUGAUUUUCUCUUUUUACUUUUGCUGAGUCAGUAAUUGGGGUUCCAAUUAAAUUCCAAGAACAGACCCGAUCUGAACCAAGAGCUACUGUCAGAUUUCAGAAGGAAGUUGUCAGAGGAAGAUCGGCUUUCGUGGUUUAGGAACUGGCUCACUUGUAGGCUAAUUUCUUGCUGUUUUAUAAAUCUUAAUUUAAAAAAUCUUUAAAGUAGUAAUUUCAUUACUAGCCACGACAGUUUUGCAUUAGAGUAUUUGAAUCUAAUCAACUCUUAACUAAUUUCCAUUUAUAAUUAUUACUGCUUUUCGUUCAUCAGGAAAAUUUGUCAACAAAAAAAAUUCCUUUGCCACAAACUUUACAAAAUUUAUUUUAAAUAUUGCUAGUUUUGUUGCAGCAAUCACUUCCCCUGAAAAUAAACUGAGUCCACAUUCUAAGGUGUCUGCACUAACUCCUGAAUGUGUCUUGCUCCCUAAGCAGAGCUUAUAUAUUGAACCCUGUACAGCCGUGCUCACUGUUAAAUAGCGAUGCCUUGAAACCCAGAUACUUGGAUUAACAGUACUGUUCAUGUGCAUACUUAGCUAAUAGGUGAAGUUAAGACAUAAACACUGUCAUGCAAUGACUAAGCAGUUUCAUUAAAAUCAUAUUAGCAAUUGGAGCACAAAGGAGUCUCUUUAAAUGAGCUAUGAGGUGACUGUCUAAUUUAGCUUUGUCAGUUUAGCUACAUCGGGUGACUUACCUGUGUCCAGGAAAGAAUCAGUUGUUAAUAAUCUGGUUACACAGUUCAGGAAAGUAAGGCAAAUUUUUGUCAACUUUUUUUUUAUUAAGUACCUAUUAUUAAACUAAUUUCUAUAUACUAUUUUUCUAAAUUUCUUAAAAAGAUAUUCACAAGAUUUUAUUUACUAAUAAGUACAAUGGAGGUAAUUCUUUUUAGUUACAAUUUUCCAUAGCUCUUUAAUUGGCAACUGUUGGCAGGUUUUUAUUUUAUUCAUCUUCAAGAAAAAAGAAGGCCAAACUGUUAAACAGAAGCAAAGUGGGAAAUCAAGAGAGAAUGUGUCUCAAGUUAAAUUUUGUUGAAUGAUUUAAUAUUUCAAAUUUUUAACUGACAAAUAAUUUUUUUAGUCGUUUAAGAGAAACUUUUUGAAGAAAUCAGAAUGCUGAUUAUAUGUGAUUUGUUUAUUUGUAUUUUGAGUGCCUUUACUAAAAGUGUACCUGUACAUGUAUUAUUCCAAUUUAAGGUCCCUACUGUAAAGUAGAAAAUACAGAACUUAAUAAAGCCUAAAGUCUUGGCCAUUGUUUGAAAACUAUUGCCAAUGUGAUAACUGAAUAUUAAUGACGGCUGGUGUUAAGCUGCGGUGUUUUUAAACCUGCAGAGAUAGAAUUCAGGAGUGUGUGGCUCAGUUGUGCCGACUCUUGCACAUAGGGAAGUUCAGAUUUAAGCUCAUACAAAAGUCAUUCAGAUAUUUGGAUUUGAAAGUCGAUGUAAGUUGAUUUUAAAUACAAGUAACAAAGGAUGUUUUUGUUUGUU